UUUUAAUUUAUCUGAAAUUAUUCCAUUUCAAUUCAACCGUAAAACUAUAUGGUAAAGAUUCCUUCACAGACGGUAGAGCUUAUUGUAUCUAUGAUGAUUCUCUCGACAUCGCCAAUGGCGAUGUAAUCGAAACUAGCUCAGACGACGUCGUUUGUAACUCCUUUCUUUCUUCUUCUCCCUCUUUAAUAAGAGCAGAUUCAGCUCUUCACCAUUUUUUUUUUAAAUUCGGAGUUGCUCGACGUGAAACCCUAGUUCCGUUUCUGAUAAUCCUAUGUAAAUGAGAAUUUCGCCAUGAAUUGAUGGCUGUCCAUUGAUUUUGCAGGUUUUUCUUAUCUACAGGUAUCUGUGGAGGUUGGGUUUGCUGACAUGGAUAAUUUCAGGGGUCGAUUUAUCUUUUCUAUUUGUUCCAUUUGAAUGUCCAUAAUUGGAGAUUGGUUUUAGAUAAACUUUGGAGUUAAAUAUCUAGUUGUAAGGUUCGUACAGCUGCAGACGUUGUAGGAAAAGGGACAAUGUUAAAUUAUUGGAGUGAGACAUCACAUUAUUUUGACACCCACCCUCCUUUGUCUGUAUCCAGUUGAUGUUAACCGGGACAUCAUUGUAUAGAGGAGUCGACAUUGUAGUAUAAGGAAAACAUGGAAUCUGUUUCAGAGAAAAAAUAUCCGCUUACUGCCGAAGAUUAUAAGUUGUUAGAGGAAGUCGGGGACGGUGUCAGUGCUACUGUUUAUAAAGCUCUUUGUGUUCCACUUAACGAGACCGUUGCAAUCAAGGUUCUGGAUCUUGAGAAGUGUAAUAAUGACUUAGACAACAUUAGGCGAGAGGUUCAAACAAUGAUCUUGAUUGAUCAUCCAAAUCUCUUGCGGGCACACUGCUCCUUCACCGCUGGUCAGAGUCUAUGGGUUGUAAUGCCUUACAUGGCUGGUGGUUCUUGCCUACACAUUAUGAAAUCGGCUUUUCCGGAAGGUUUUGAGGAGCCUGUUAUUGCUACAUUAUUACGUGAGGUCCUCAAAGCUCUUGCGUAUCUUCAUGUACAUGGACAUAUCCACAGAGACGUAAAGGCCGGGAACAUACUGGUUGAUUCUAAUGGAACCGUUGCAUUAGCAGACUUUGGAGUAGCUGCAUGCAUGUACGAUACUGGUGAUCGGCAGCGGUCGAGAAAUACUUUUGUCGGAACCCCAUGCUGGAUGGCCCCUGAAGUCAUGCAGCAGUUACAUGGAUAUGAUUUUAAGGCAGAUAUCUGGUCGUUUGGAAUCACGGCACUCGAACUUGCUCAUGGUCAUGCACCAUUUUCCAAGUACCCUCCAAUGAAGGUUCUACUAAUGACGCUACAAAAUGCACCGCCAGGGUUGGACUAUGAAAGAGACAGAAGAUUCUCCAAGUCUUUCAAAGAAAUGGUUGCUGCUUGCUUGGUGAAGGAUCCUAAAAAACGACCGACCGCAGAAAAGCUUUUGAAGCACGCUUUCUUUAAACAUGCACGGACAAAUGAAUACCUGGGCCGUGCUAUCCUUCAUGGAUUGUCCCCUCUGGAAGAACGCUAUAGGGUUCUUAAGGCAAAAGAAGCUGACAUGCUUGUACAAAAUAAGGCAUCGUAUGAGGACAAGGAACAGCUAUCACAGCAAGAGUACAUUCGAGGAAUCAGUGCGUGGAAUUUCAAUUUGGAGGAUCUGAAGAAUCAAGCUGCCCUUAUUCAAGAAGAUCUUAUGUUGAAUCCAGAAGAUUCAAGUGUGACCGAGAAGCAUUUGGAUGGUCUGGAGAUGUCAUACCCUGAGGUGGCUCGUCAUUCUAAAGAUGAAUUUCAGUUGGAGGAUGAACUCAGUGAAUUACCUAACUUAGAGGAUUCGCUUGCUGCAUUUCCCAUGAAACCUCUUCAGGCUCUAAAAGGUUGUUUCGAUGUUUAUGAAGAUGAUGUUCCUUCUGGUAGUCCAAGUUUGAGAGAUCCUGUCAAUUCGGAUUCAGAACAACUUAAUCAACAGCAGGCAUUGGGGGCUGUGGAUCGAGAAGCAGAAAGUGGUUCCUUGUCACAUUCUGUCAUUACGGGGCCUAGAAAGUUUCUGAGUGGCUCUCUGCUUCAGGAUAAUGUUCUCUCCCCAAAAAAAAUUAUCGGUGAUGGAGAUAGGGAAUAUCUACUACCAAGAAAUCAAACAGAACGCAAUUAUAGUGGACCGCUACAGCCUCGUCAAAAGAAAGAUUUUGGUAAUUCUAAUGCUGGGGAGGACACAUCAGAUGGUGCCGUGGUUGAGCGUAGAGGUCGUUUUAAAGUCACUUCAGCAGAUAUGAGUCCCAAGAGUCCAGUAAACGUCAGUAACCCGAUAUCCGGUGGUUCAACAAGCCCAACAUCACCAAGUCUAUCUGCUGCUUCACUUCUGCCGUCGUUGCAUAUCAUUCUGCAGCAGAACACUGCACUAAGAGAAGAGUUACUUAAAUUGCUCAAGUAUGCCGAGCAAACUUCUGGCCAUGCUACUGAGUUAACAGAUGCAGGGACAAAUGGAUUUUUGCAGGUAACCACCCCGACUUCUGUCAGGGAGCGAGAACUGCAAUCUCAGGUGAUUCAGUUGCAACAAAUCACUGGAAGUCUGGUUGAAGAACUUCAGAGACUGAAGGCUAAAAAUUCUCAGUUGGAAAGAAAGUUAAACGCAAUAAGGGAGUGACGAGGUUCCUACGGAGAAGAAAAAAAGGUGACGUGGCGCAAUAUCGAAAGAUACUUCUCUCCUGUAUAAAAAUCCAGGGACAUAUAGGUAAAUUAUUUCUGUAGCAUAUUAUGAACAUAUUAAGCAGGUGCCCUUUUUAGUUACAGUUCCUAAUUUCGGUGGCAUGUGUUGUGUAUUUUUU